ACAGACACUGCAGCAUGCAUUUGGGACCAGCAUCUGUAGCUGCCAGCAUCCUUUCCAAAGAAAAUAAGCUACAUUCAAAAGUUGCAGUGGGGAAAUGAGGAGAUAUCCCUUCCCAGGAGGACGCCCCCAGAGAGUGAGACCCGCCUGAGAGAAACAGCUUCAUCCCCAACUCAGGCAAACUCAGGCAACACUCCUACAGCAGACCUCCGGCUCAGAAGCCUAAAAAUGCCACUUUUUAGCUGGGUGAAAUGGCCAAGAAAUUAUUCCUACAAACAAACAUGCUACGCUGGCUCUGAGGUAGUGACAAAGACUCUGCUUCGGGAGUUAAAAUGGCAUUUGAAGGAGCGCGAGAGAUUAAUACAUGAGAUCGAAAAUGAACAGAAAGUGAAAAAGACAGGCGUGGACUACAACUGGCUGAGAAGCUACCAGAAUUCUCACACAACGAUCCCAGCUAUUGAACAAAGACAACUGGAAGUUCUGUGCUCACAAGUACAGCCUUGUCAAGCUGGAACCGUUCUCAGCAGAUUUCGAGAACUUUUGGCAGAAAAUGAUGUACUUCCCUGGGAAAUUGUCUACAUCUUCAAGCAAGUUCUGAAAGACUUUCUCAGCAGUCCUGCCAGAGGGGGUCACCAUGCUGGCCUGUGGGACUCUGACAUUACCGGUCCCCCGACCCCUGCGCUCCCCUGUGACAGCUCUGAGAGGCCAGACAAAGAGGAGGUACCCACGAUUUCAAGCUAUGUAGACAGACAUGCCAAGAACAGGUUUCCCCCCUGUUCACACAGAGCAUGGAAGCUGCCAUACUAUUACCCACCAAGCUGAGGAAUUAGCAAGACCACCUCAGAGUCACCCUUAGCACUGAUGAGGACAAGCAGUAGCAUGACUCCAAGUUUCUUGGCUACAACGUCAGGGUUUACUUAAAAUUCCUGUACCGCCAACUUCUCUAAGCAGCACUAUUUUCUAACCACUCUAAAUAUUCAAUAUUUUAAUGAAAAGUAUGCUUUUAACUAAAAUACUGUCUAAAUGUUUGAAGUUUCUUAUACCUCA